AAAUUGCAGUGCAAGUACAUAGAAAAGGAAGAAAAAGAGAAAAAGAGAAAAAGAAAGUCAAGUAAAAUUUUAGAAAAAAUUCACUGAUUUGUAUUGGGAGCACAUAUAAACGAGAAGUAAUUAAAAAACUGGACCUAUACCUAUACUCAUAAAGUUUGUGUGAUUGAAAAAUAAAAAUCUUAAAAUAUGGCUUUAACAAGUACUCUAGUUGAACAACAACAAGCUAAUGACAAGGACAUUCAUCAAGAAAAAUUAACAGCACUUCAAGAGUCAAUUUCAAAUGCAAAUAAAAAAGCAGCUUUUUUAGAAAAUAAUUUUUAUAAUCUGAGAGAACAGUAUAAAAAUAGUGCUCGAAAAUAUGAUGACAAUAAUUUAAUAUUGAAAUCAUUUGGUUCUAUUGAUAAUGAUAAUGAAACAGAACAAAUAAUUAAAACUCCAGAAGUAUUUUUUUCACCAAGAAAAGAUGAUAGAUAUCAUGAUGCUGAGAAUAAUGAUAAUGAUCACCUAAAAUAUAAUCAACAUGAUGAAACUGAAGAAAGUCCAACUUAUACAGCACGAUCAUUUAGAAUUAAAUCAAAUGAUUAUUUUGAUGAAUCCAGUCAAUCUGACUAUGACAAUAACAAUGACGAUGAGAAAAUGAUAAAAAUAAAUAAAAAAAUUAAUCAGCACUAUGAAAAUAAUAACUGGUUACCAAAUUUAUGGAAUGAAAAAUCAGUGGAACAAGCUGAAUUCGUAAAUUACAAUGUCAGUGAAAUGAUGUUGACUAAAUUGGCAAGUUCUCGUAAAACAAUAAUUUCCAGUAGAAAAAAUAAAUCAUUAUCAAAGUCACAUUUUAAUAAUAAAAAGCAUAAAGUGAGUGCUCGAAAAGAUUAUGAAAAUAAUUCUGUUAAAGUUAAAAAAGUCAAACUAAGAAAAACAAACAAAAGAGUUAAACAAACAGCAUCUAAAAGUACAACAGCAAGUGUUAAACACAUGAAUAUUUUACCAGAAGGAAAACAUUUACGAAAACACUCAAAUCGACGAGGCAAACGAUUAAAAAUUAAUAAAAUUGAAACACCAAAACAAGUUGAUGAUGAAAAAGAAACAAAUAAAAUUAUAGAAAUAAUUGAGACAAAUGAAAAUAAAAAAGAAAUUGUUGAAUUAUUUAGUAAUACUGCAGCUAAAAGUGAUCAGAGUUUGUCAGCCACAUCAAGUGAUACAAAAUUUAAAUUAAAUAUAGUAAAAUCUCCUCUUCGAAUGGUUGAUAAAAAAAUUAAAAAAUCAAUUAAAAAUCAAAAUAUUAUUGAGGAAAAAAAUGAUAAUUUAAUAAAACCAGAUGGUGACACUACUACUACUACUACUUUGUCUAGUAAUGUUGAUAUUUUUUAUAGAAAAAAAGAAAAUGAAAUAAAAUUACCAACAGCAACAUGUAAUUUUUCUUGUGAUAAUCAAUCAUUAGCAUCACCAACUUAUCAACGUCCAACAAUAGCAUCACAACAAAAACGUAAAAAUAGAUGUUACUAUGGAAGAUAUAGCUAUCAAUACAUACCAUUUGUUGUUGGAACAUCAAUUAAUAGAACUCAUAAUAUUGGUUUAAAUAUACAGCUUGCAAUGAGUCUAAUGAAGGCACGACAUACAAAUGAGCCAGCAGAUAUUCGACCAAUGUUGAUUAAAAAAUUUAGACGUGGUCUCAAUCCAGCAUACAAUCUUAAAGAUAAUUUUAUUAAACUUGAAGAAAAUUUUAAAGAAACAAAUAUUGAACUGACUCAGAGUCAAAUUUUGCAACAAACUCAACAACAACUAAAUAAAGAAACUCAAAAUAGAAAUAAUAUUGAUAUGAAUGACAUUCGAAAUAUUAUGAUUGAAUUACAUAAUAAUUUUGAAAAAUUGCAAUUAAAACAAGAAAAAUUACAAGAUGAAGCUGAAAAAUCAACAGAUAAAAAAAAAAUUGAUGCCGAAUUGAAAAAACUUGAAAUUGAAUUAACAAUAAAAGAAAAAGAAAUAAAUCAAGUUGUUGCUUUAUAUCACGAGAUUAAAAAAACAACAACAGUAAAUGAAAAUUCAAGGACUGCUUCAACUUCAACACGCUUGACUGCACUUUUACGUAAAAUACAAUCAUUUCAACAACAAUUAAUAUCUUUGUAAAAUUAUUGUUGUUAUUAUUAUUAUUUUUUUUAUAAUUAAUCAAAUUAAAUACAAGAAAUAAAUACAAAUAUAAUGUUUACAUUUUAUUACUUUUUCUACCAACAACACAUUGUUGUUGCAAAAUUUUAAUUUUCUAUUUAUGAUUUAUAUAUUUUAUAUGUUUAUUCAUUUUAUAUAUCAUUUUGCAGUCCAUUCAUAUGUAAUUCUCCAAAUGCAAAUUCGACAAAUAAAAUUAUCAUCAUCAGUUUUUAUCUUUAUAGUAUGUAAUAUGAUUCCUUGCAAUUUGACUCGAGACAAAUACAUUAAAUUCAAUCAGCAUGAAAUAUUCUUUAUAAUAAUAAUAAUUACAUUUUGUU